AUGCCCAAACUUCAGGGCUUUGAGUUCUGGAGCCGCACUCUUGGGGGAGCGCGCCACGUGGUGGCCCCCAUGGUAGACCAGAGUGAGCUGGCCUGGAGGCUGCUAAGCCGGCGCCACGGGGCGCAGCUCUGCUACACGCCCAUGCUGCACGCCCAGGUGUUCGUGCGCGAUGCCAACUACCGCAAGGAGAACCUGUACUGCGAGGUGUGCCCCGAGGACCGACCCCUCAUCGUGCAGUUCUGUGCCAACGACCCGGAGGUGUUCGUGCAGGCGGCUCUUCUGGCUCAGAACUUCUGUGACGCCAUCGACCUGAACCUGGGCUGCCCACAGAUGAUCGCCAAGAGGGGCCACUAUGGCGCCUUCUUGCAGGAGGAGUGGGACCUGCUCCAGCGAAUGAUUCUGCUGGCCCAUGAGAAGCUCUCUGUUCCAGUCACGUGCAAAAUCCGUGUCUUCCCAGAAAUUGACAAGACUGUUCAGUAUGCCCAGAUGCUGGAAAAAGCUGGCUGCCAGCUGCUGACCGUGCACGGACGCACCAAGGAACAGAAGGGCCCCCUGCCAGGACCUGCGUCCUGGGAACAUAUCCGGGCUGUGCGGAAGGCUGUGAGCAUCCCCGUGUUUGCCAACGGGAACAUCCAAUCCCUGCGGGAUGUGGAGCGCUGCCUGCAGGACACAGGGGUGCAGGGCGUCAUGAGCGCAGAGGGCAACCUGCACAACCCUGCCCUGUUCGAGGGCCGCAGUCCUGCUGUAUGGGAGCUGGCAGAGGAGUACCUGGAUCUAGUGCGGCAGCACCCCUGCCCCCUGUCCUACGUCCGUGCCCACCUCUUCAAACUGUGGCACCACACGCUGCAGGUCCAUCAGCAGCUCCGGGAGGAACUUGCCAAGGCAAAGACCCUGGAGGAUGUGGCUGCGCUGAGCCAGGCCCUGAGGCUGCAGUGCCAGGAGGACAUGUCCAGGCAGAAGGAGGGGGAGAAGCCCGCGGGUGGCCUGCCUUUCUUCCACUGGAUCUGCCAGCCCUACAUCAGGCCAGGGCCCAGGGAGGGAAGCAAGGAGAACGGUGGGACCCGCAGCAAGCGAGCCCUGGAGGAGGAUGAGGAGGGCCGCCCCGAGGUCCUGUCCAAGAACAAGCAGAAGAAACAGCUGAGGAACCCCCACAAGCCCUUUGACCCCUCGCUCAAGCCCAAAUAUGCAAAGUGUGACCAGUGUGGAAACCCCAAGGGCAACAGGUGCGUGUUUAACCUGUGCCGGGGCUGCUGCAAGAAGAGAGCUUUCAGGGAGUGUGCGGACUGCCCAGGUCACGGGCUGCUGUUCAAGACCAAGUUGGAAAAGUCUCUGGCCCGGAAGGGGGACCAGCCCAGGCUGCAGGAGCCACCCCCACCGGGGUCUGGAGGACCAGGUGGCUUCCCUGAAGUCGUGAGCAGUGCCAGGGCUUGA